GUUCCUGUCCUUGAGCCCAGGCCCUGAGGUGAGGCUGAGAAGUGGCGCGGAGGUGAGCCCAGAGCUGUCCCUGAGGUGAGGCUGAGAAUAAGUGCAAGGCAGAGGUGCUGCUGAGGAAGGAGAGCCCCGUGGUGGGGAAGGCACAAAGCUGUGUUUGCCCAUCCCCAAGAAGGUGCUGUGUCCAUCCCUUGUGUCCCAGGAUUUGUCCUUCCCAAAGCUUGACCAGAUGAAGGAGGCUACGAGGAAGAGGAAGAUGCCUUGGGCCCCCCAGGCAGGCCCCGAGCUGAGGACGGAGAGCCCGGAGGACAAAUCCCCCCUUGAGACCCUGGUGGGAGAGGCCGUUUUGAAGGGCUCCCCGGCGCAGGAAGGCAGUGGGGAGGAAAAGGUCCGGAGAUCCCCCCGCAGGAGGGGCUCCAAAGCCAGCCCAGGGGGCUGUGAGGAGGAAAGAACCAGCCUGUGCCGGGAAGGCGACCGGAGCUUGAGGCAGAGCUCUGACCUGGUGGUCCCUGAGCAGCCUCCCAGCAGGGAGAAGCCCUUCAGGUGCUUGGAGUGUGGGAAGAGCUUCAGUAGGAGCACCAGCCUCCUCACCCACCAGCACAUCCACACUGGGGAACGGCCCUACACCUGUGGGGAAUGUGGGAAGAGCUUCAGCCAGAGCUUCAGCGUUAUCCAACACCAGCGCAUCCACACUGGAGAACGUCCCCACACGUGUGGGGAAUGUGGGAAGAGCUUCAGCCAGAGCUCCCUCCUCCUCACCCACCAGCACAUCCACACUGGGGCACGUCCCUACACGUGUGGGGAAUGUGGGAAGAGCUUCAGGGACAGCUCCUACCUCCUCACGCAUAAGCGCAUCCACACUGGGGAACAGCCCUACUCAUGUAGGGAAUGUGGGAAGAGCUUCAGGGACAGGUCCAACCUCCGCAGACACCAGAAGAUGCACACUGGGGAACUGCCCUACCCAUGUCAGGAAUGUGGGAAGAGCUUCAGGGACAGCUCCGCCUUGAUCCGACACCAGCACAUCCACACUGGGGAACGGCCCUACACGUGUCGGGAAUGUGGGAAGAGCUUCAGGUACAGCUCCAGCCUCCUCACCCACCAGCUCAUCCACACCAGGGAACGGCCCUACAAGUGCUUGGAAUGUGGGAAGAGGUUUCAGCGCAGCUCAACUCUCCUCAAACAUGAGCAGACACACACGGAUGAGAGGCCCUUCCGCUGCACCGACUGCGGGAAGGGCUUCAACCAGAGCGGCAACCUUGUCAGGCACCAACGCAUCCACACCGGGGAGAGGCCCUACAAGUGCGGGGAGUGUGGGAAGAGCUUCACUGACAGGUCUAAUUUGACCAAACACCAACGGACCCACCAGUAAGAGAAACCCUACAAGUGUUCUGGUUAUGGGAAGAGCUUUGAUCUCUGCUUCCACCCCGAAUGAACCCCCUGAUGAUGAGGCAGCCCCUGGAGUCCAGUGACUGUCAGUCCAUCCCUUUCGACCCCAAAGGACCAGUCCCCUUUCCCACGGGCAGCUUCUUCCAACUGAACCCUUCUUGCAGGGUGUGUGGAGAUUCCUGCCUUGGCUGGGGACCCCCCAAGGUCACUGCUGGAGGUUGAGAGCAGAGAUCUCCCCACCAGCGUUGGUCUGGGGGAGUUCCAUCCAUCUCUAAUUAAGACUUAUUGCUUUUGUGCCAGCUUGAGUAGAAUUGCUUCAACAAUUGCUUUAGUGUAGAGCACUGUCCUCUCUUAUCUUGUACUCCUGGUAGUUUUAGUGUUUCUCUUGUGCAGUAAUUAAUUCUGAUGAAGAUCUUUUGUCUGAUCAUUUGUAUCCCUAAAUAAUUCAUUUCUAUCAACAGAUCUGAUUUGCCAUCAUUAAAACCUUGGGGACAAAAGUGUUUCAGUCACAGCUCUGUAAUUCCUCUAAACUGAAAG